UGUCGAAGGUUAAUACUUGGGUUUGGGUUAUGACCUUAUCUGAGAGUAAGAAAUGAAAGUAAAUGACCAAGAGCCAGGAAAGCAUGCUGCAAGAAUGUGGGAGCAUAGAAGACUAUGAAAUACAAGGGGAGGGAACACUGGACCAUCACCUAAACCCAGGUGGCUGUGUUCUCUACUCUUCCGGAAUGAAGGGGCCAGAUUCUGGCCUACCUCAACUCUAGAUUACCAUUCCCCAAUGGAUUGAGGGAAGCAUACCUUUGCCUCACAGUAUCAAGUACUCCCUAACCCACUGUGAAGGGAAGUUCCUGCUUGGAAUCUAGAAGACAGCACAAAGAGGAAAGAAUCAAGGGAGAAGAGGCAUCUUCAGGACUCCCAGUCAAGUCCCCACUGGCAUUUGAGCUAGAUGCAGUAGACUGGGGCAGGGGAGCAUUGCCUCUCUGGGGGAAAAAGCAAAGAGUGAAAUCACUUAAUGUCAGAAAUCUGGUUUACAGAUGAGGCAUGCAUAGAGAGGGUCUCUAAGUAGAGUACUUCUGAAUUGGUGAAACCAUAAAGCCUAGAGGCCAUGCCUAGUUUCUAGUCACCCUUCUGGUGACCUGAAUCCGUCCCAGAAAUAUUUCCCCUACCAUAAGCUGUGAUGCUCAUUCUGUAGCUCAAGUCUGGAUCUCAGGAAAGCUGAGUGCUAUAGUCAUCAGCUGGCAUUGAGAUUCCUUAAAGCAUUGCUGGAAAGUCAGAGCUAGACUCUACAUGAUCCUAACAAAUCUCUCUUCUCAUGUCAGCAGUGGUUAGCAGGAUGGGGGUGGGAGUGGGAACACAUGGGCUUUGCCUCCUCCAUAAGGACAAACUUUUGUUGGUUCAAGCAAGUAGUGGAAGCUUCUGAAAUCAUGCAGGAAGUUGCUGGGACAGAACACUGAGAAGUUUUGUACCACUUUGUCUUUCCUGUUGAGCACCAUCUGAGCUGUCAAAUUUUGCUGCCAAGGGGGCUGAAUCAACCUGCAGCACGAAAUAAGUGGGGAAGUAGGAGGCUUCUGUGACACAGAUUUGCAGCCUGUUCCUAAGGUUUCCAGGACUGAGGAGACUUCAUAAUUGGUUGAGAGCAGACAGACUUUUUGGCCAAUCAGACUAAGAGCUGAGGUGGGGGAUCUGCUCUUCUUGCCCGCCUCUCCUCCCCCAGCUCCCCAGCUCCACUCAGAUUUAAUUCCCCCUUCCCCCCUACCCACCCCCGCCAUUCGGUGACUAAGAGGAACUGCUGCAGGCAGGCAAACCUCAGAGCAGUUUUUAAGAGGCUGGAAGGAGACACAAGAGGUUUCAGCUGCUACAUUCCAAGCCCUGGGUCUACCUUGGAGACAGGACAGCACAGAGUCAGUGUCCAGGAGGGACUUCUGGGUCAUGGGGCCCAAGAUACCCCCACAGCUCGCUGGGAAAUGGCAAGUGCUGUGCAUGUUGUCCUUGUGCUGCUGGGGCUGGGUGUCUGGGCAGCUUCGUUACUCAGUGGUGGAGGAGUCUGAGCCGGGGACGCUGGUGGGAAAUGUUGCUCAGGACCUAGGCUUAAAGGUGACAGAUCUGAUGAGCCGUGGACUGCGGUUGGGCUCUGAGGAAAAGGGGCACUAUUUUUCCCUGAGCUUGAUGAGUGGUGGUCUGGCAGUAAAUCAAAAGAUUGACCGAGAGAGCCUGUGUGGAGCCAGUACCAGCUGCCUGUUGCCAGUCCAGGUGGUGACCGAACACCCACUGGAACUAAUCCGUGUAGAGGUAGAGAUCCUGGAUCUCAAUGACAACUCUCCUAGCUUUGCCAGCCCUGAGCGAGAGAUACGCAUCUCAGAAUCAGCUGCUGUGGGGGCACGAUUCCCACUAGAUAGUGCCCAGGAUCCAGAUGUGGGCACCAAUACUGUGAGCUUCUACACUCUGAGCCCCAACAACCACUUCUCUCUGAAUGUGAAGACCCUAAAAGAUGGGAAGCUAUUCCCAGAGCUGGUGCUAGAGCAGCAGCUGGACCGUGAAGCUCAGGCAAAACAUCAGUUGGUGCUCACUGCUGUGGAUGGGGGUGUCCCAGCCCGCUCAGGGACCGCCCUUAUCUCUAUCACUGUGCUGGACAUCAACGAUAAUGCUCCAACCUUCCAGUCCUCAGUUCUUCGUGUGGGACUCGCAGAGAAUGCACCCGUGGGUACACUGCUGCUCCGCCUCAAUGCCACUGAUCCGGACGAAGGCACCAAUGGCCAACUAGACUAUUCUUUUGGAGACCAUACAUCUGAGGCAGUGCGGAAUCUCUUUGGCCUAGAUCCUAGCAGUGGAGCAAUCCAUGUGUUGGGUCCCAUAGACUUUGAGGAGUCAAGUUUCUAUGAAAUUCAUGCAAGGGCCCGUGAUCAGGGACAGCCAGCCAUGGAAGGCCACUGUGUGAUUCAAGUGGAUGUGGGGGAUGCCAAUGACAAUGCCCCAGAGGUACUACUGGCCUCUUUGGUCAACCCGGUCCUGGAGAGCACACCAGUGGGCACAGUAGUGGGAUUGUUUAAUGUGCGGGACAGAGACUCGGGGAGGAACGGUGAAGUGAGCCUUGAUAUCUCUCCAGACCUGCCUUUUCAGAUUAAGCCCUCUGAGAACCACUACUCACUGCUCACCAGCCAGCCCUUGGACCGUGAGGCCACAUCCCACUAUAUCAUUGAGCUGCUGGCCAGUGACGCGGGCUCACCUCCCCUGCACGCACAUCUCACCAUCAGGCUCAACAUUUCCGAUGUUAAUGACAAUGCCCCCUACUUCACCCAGCAGCUCUAUACUGCGUACAUCCCGGAAAACCGGCCUCCAGGCUCCCUUCUCUGCACGGUGGCUGCCUCCGAUCCAGACACCGGGGAUAACGCCCGGCUCACCUACUCCAUCAUAGGGAAUCAGAUCCAGGGAGCCCCAGCCUCCUCCUUCGUAUAUGUCAACCCCGAGGAUGGGCGGGUCUUUGCCCAACGCACCUUUGACUACGAAUUGCUGCAGAUGAUGCAGAUCACGGUGGGGGUGCGAGACUCUGGGUCUCCCCCGCUGCAUGCCAACACCUCUCUGCAUGUGUUUGUCCUGGACCAGAAUGAUAAUGCCCCGGCUGUGCUGCACCCAAGACCCGGCUGGGAACUGCCAGCCCCCCAGCGUCUCCCUCGCUCGGCGCCUCCUGGCUCCUUGGUCACCAAGGUGACAGCUGUGGAUGCGGACGCAGGCCACAAUGCAUGGCUCUCUUAUUCGCUGUUGCCACAGUCCACAGCCCCAGGACUGUUCCUGGUGUCGGCACACACCGGUGAGGUGCGCACAGCCCGGGCCUUGCUGGAGGAUGACUCUGACACCCAGCAGGUGGUGGUCCUGGUGAGGGACAACGGUGACCCUGCCCUCUCCUCCACCGCCACAGUGCUCCUGGUUCUGGAGGAUGAGGACCCCGAGGAAAUGCCCAAAUCCAGCGACUUCUUCACACACCCUCCUGAGCGGUCAGACCUUACCCUUUACCUCAUUGUGGCCCUCGCAGCCGUCAGUCUGUUAUCCUUAGUCACCUUCACCUUCCUGUCAGCUAAGUGCCUUCGGGGACAGGCAGAUGGGGAGGGGGGCGGGGGCGGGUGUUGCAAGCGCCAGGACUCGCCCUCCCGGGAUUACUACAAGCAGUCCAGCCCCAACCUGCAGGUGAGCUCGGAUGGCACGCUCAAGUACAUGGAGGUGACGCUGCGGCCCGCGGACUCGCAGAGCCACUGCUACAGGACGUGCUUUUCACCGGCCUCGGACGGCAGUGACUUCACCUUUCUAAGGCCCCUCGGCGUCCAGCAGCCCUCAGCCCUGGCGCUGGAGCCCGACGCCUUCCGGUCCCGCUCUAACACGCUGCGGGAGCCGAGCCAGCAAGCCCCACCCAACACGGACUGGCGUUUCUCUCAGGCCCAGAGACCCGGCACCAGCGGCUCCCAAAAUGGCGAUGAAACCGGCACCUGGCCCAACAACCAGUUUGACACAGAGAUGCUGCAAGCCAUGAUCUUGGCCUCUGCCAGCGAAGCCGCUGAUGGGAGCUCCACCCUGGGAGCAGGCGCUGGCACCAUGGGCUUGAGCGCCCGCUACGGGCCCCAGUUCACCCUGCAGCACGUGCCCGACUACCGCCAGAAUGUCUACAUCCCUGGCAGCAACGCCACACUGACCAACGCAGCGGGAAAACGGGAUGGCAAGGCCCCGGCAGGUGGCAAUGGCAACAAGAAGAAGUCUGGCAAGAAGGAGAAGAAGUAAUGUGGAGGCCAAGCCUGGAGCCACUGGGCCGCCUCCCCCCAACCAGCCCAGCCUCUCCCUACCUGGAUCCAGGACUGGGAUUUUCAGGGCUCACCCCCAGGAUCCUGGUGGGGCCCAGGCCAUGCUCCCCUUGGGAAACAGAAACAAGUGCCCAGUCAACACCACCCUUUCUGUCCCCAGGGGAUUGAAUAUGCAAAGGGAGUUCUGCUGGGAACCCCCAUCCAAUCAAUUGCUGUGCCCAUGGGGGUAGGGGGGUUAGUGUAGACAUCAUUUAUCACACCCGCUUUAGUUAGAGCUGAACUCCUCCAUCUUCCAAAUUCAAUCAGGCCCAAACGUCCCCUGCCUCCCUCCUACCUAUGCCACCCCAGCCCACUCUUUUCACAGCUCCUCUUUUUUGAGUAAGGUGGUUGGGGUGUUGAGGUACCUGGUGACCUAAAAAGGCUCAUAAUUCUGAAGAGUUGAAAGGGCAUCAUGACCUCUUGGCCUCUCCUUCAAUUCUGAAACUCCCCCAAAGCAUGGUUUGGUGCCAGUCCCUUCGCCUCCUUCCAGAGCCCGAGUCCAAGCUCAAGUUUUGGGAGACAUGGUCGCCAUUCCAUGGUAGUGAUGCUGGCUGGAUUUAGGGAGGGCAUUUUGCUACCAUGCCUCUUCCCAAUGCUCUAGGGACCAGUUUUUUUGUUUUGUUUUGUUUUGUUUUUCAUUGUUUGAUGUUUCCACUGCAUGCUGUGACUGCCCCCUCCCCAAACAAGAGACUCCAUUGCAUGUUCCAAGACCGUAUAUGGUGGUAAGGUAAAGAGGGAAGGGUGUGUAUGUGGAUGGGGGGAGGGAGGGUGGAUAAAUCUUGACCCAUUAGUUAACAGGGUCUUGCAGGAGGCUCAGUAUGUUCCCAGGGUACUGACCAGAUCCCCAAAUUCCAGCCAUAAACCAGGCACCAGGCUGAGCCCUCAUCUCCCACAUACACACAGGGCUCCACCCAAGCAGCCAGCUUUGGGCUGAGCUACCAGCACCAAUGGAUUUAAACUGGCAUUGCAGUCCAAGGAAGUUCUGAGCAGGUUUGGGACCGGGUUCCCUGGAGAGGUCAGAGGGGCUCUGUGGGUGCUGGGUACUCCAGAGGUGCCCCCUAGUGGAACGAUCAGUGUGUCCCCUCCCUCCUACCCCAGCAGGAAGGGAGGGCCAGCUAGGCCAUUCUUGGUCCCUAGGUUGAGGAGGCAAGGGAUUAGAGUAGGGACCAAGUGGACAGAAAUUCUCAGCCCAGGAUCAGGCUUCUCCACGGGGCCCCUGCAUUCCCCAAGCCUUGGUCCUUCACCUUGCCAGGUGCCAUCUCUUCUCUGUGAAGGCCACUGCCCAGGCCCUCAGUCCACCCCCUAGUGGCCAGAGCCUGGUUCAAGUCCCCAGUGCCUCCUUGUGCAUAAACCUUCCUCCGGCACCCCACUUCUGCCUCCCUCUCCCCAGUCCCGUUCAUCCAGCGGGCUGUGCUAGAACCCCACCCUCGUCCUUACUGUAGUGUAGAGACUCCCUGCCCCCCUCUUUGGCUGGUGUAGAAUAGCCAAUAGUGUAGUGCGGUGUGCUUUUCCGUGAUGGCGAGUGGGCAGCGGGCGGCGGGCUCCGCGCAGCCGUCUGUCCUUGAAUCUGCCUGCGGUGGCCGGUGCUGUGUUUUGUGCUGUGUCCACGCACUGCGGCGACCCCCUCCCUGGUACUGACUCCUAUAAGCGCUUCUCUUUGCAUAGUCACGUAGCUCCCCAUCCCUUUCCUGUGUCUCACGCAAGUUUUAUACUCUAAUAUUUAUAUGGCUUUUUUUCUUUGAAAAAAAAAAUAAAAAGGUUUCUUCUGAAA